GGCGUGGGGAGGAGAAGCAUGCUCGGCCCCUUGGGAGAGCGAGGGCUGGGAGUCCGGCUCUCACGAACCUGCGGGACUGAGCGGGAGCAUUAAGCCUGGGUGCUGCGAGUGAGCGUACUCGGUGUUUGAAGAGGGUAGGGGUCCGGGACUUCUGCUGGUGAUGGAGGAGGGGCUGGGAUUCUGGGAUCCUGGGUCCUGGGAGAGUUAAGGAACCGGGGAUUCGGAAUUCUGGGUCGGGGGGUGGGGUGAAAGGGCUGGGAGCCCCGACCCCUGGGAACUGUGGGAGGAGGGGGCUGGCGGCCCGGUCUCAUAGCUCUAGAAAGGAGCUAGACGGAGUCCUGGGGGCGUGGUUGUUUAAAAAAUCAGCCACGAGUCGGUGUGGGUAAGGAGGCGCUCUGCCGUAGGGGGCCCACGCUGGCCUUGACCCUACCCGGGCCCCGGGAAUUCCCAAGUCGCCACCCACCCCGGGUCCCCGGGCGGAGCAGGAAUUCCCCACGUGCGGGGAUUCCGAGCGCUCCACGCCUGGCAGCGCGCGCCGACUCUGAGAGGGACACCUGCCGCGCGCCGCCGAGAGAGGAAGGGGUGGAUGGAAGAUUCCCUUGCGUGAGCGCCGUGACGUCAGCACGUCGUAUCUGGGCUGUUUCCGAGUCCGCCCUCCCCCGCUUAACCCUUCCUCUGCUGGAACCCGGGCUUGGAAGGGUGAGGGUUGAGGGUCCGGACUUCCGGGGUGGUGCGGACCAGGCUUCUGGAAAGUGGGACUCCCAGGUGCAAGGGAGGGCGAGGCUGAGGGCCCGGACUCCUGGGUCCUGGGGAAAGGGGUGUUAGGCUCUCGGAGUUCCGCAGAAUGGGGCCUGGACUCUUAGAACUGAAGAGGGGAUGGGGUCUGGACUUCCGAUCCCCGACGAGCUAGGGGGCUAUUGAUUUGUCCUUCCUUGGGGAGAGGGCCGGAGGACUCGGACGCCUGUUUUCCCGGGAAGUGUGUCGAGGGCAGAGAGGUGUUGGGAACCUGAAUGUGCAAGUCUCCUGGGAAUGAUUCCCAGCGACCCCCAAGGCCUCGGGACUGGGAGAUCUGGGGGCUGGGAUUUUUCACGGAAAGUGUGGGGAGGUGCUGCAGAGGAGCGCCCUCCACCCCCUUCCUCAGUUUCCACGACGCUGGUGGAAAAUUGGGUCAGAGGGGAAAGUGCGGAGCAAAGGGAAGGAAACGGCGGAGGCGGAAGCUGCACCUGAAAGCUAAGAUUGGCUUUGGAGUUCUCAGGCGUCGUCAGUGUACCAGUUUUUCCGCGCAGGAGGUGAGCCGGAGUGAACGCAGCCACUGCCCAUCACAGACCGUGAAGAAGCUCCUGGAAGAACAGAGGCGCCGUCAGCAGCAGCCUGACGCUGGUGGGACACCGGGACAGUUUCCAUCUCCCCUGGCCCAGUCCCUGACCCCAUCUGUGAAUGAAAGUGAGGCUGGCCAUUCUCGCUUCCCAGUACACCAAGAGACUGUGGGUUCUGGACUUGGCAGCCUGGCUCCCACCACGGGCUUUCCAGACUGGGACCCCAACACGCAUGCUGCCUACACAGACAGCCCCUACUUUUACCCUGCUUCUGCUGCUGAAGGCUUCCCGACUCCUGACUUCUACCCACCCUCCGACCCGGGGCGGCAGUGUCCAUUUUCUGUGGGGAUGGAGGACCCUCUGGAUACCCGGCUGUAUGGAGAACCUUCCCUGCCACAGGCAGGAUCCUGGAGAGGUUCUGGACUCCCCUUAGGACCCCCACAGUUGCCCCCCGUGGCCACCGGACCAUCCCUGGACACAGCCCGUGCUCACAUGCUGGCUCUGGGGCCACAGCAGCUGCUGGCCCAGGAUGAGGAGGGAGACACGCUCCUGCACCUGUUUGCGGCUCGGGGGCUACGCUGGGCAGCCUAUGCCGCAGCUGAGAUGCUCCAAAUGUAUAGACAUCUGGACAUUCGGGAACAUAAGGGCAAGACCCCUCUCCUGGUGGCUGCUGCCGCCAACCAGCCCCUGAUUGUGGAGGACCUGCUGAACCUCGGAGCAGAGCCCAAUGCCACUGAUCAUCAGGGACGUUCUGUCUUGCAUGUGGCUGCUACCUAUGGGCUCCCAGGAGUCCUCUCGGCCGUGAUUAACUCGGGGGUUCAGGUUAACCUAGAAGCCAGAGACUUCGAGGGCCUCACCCCUCUCCACACAGCCAUCCUGGCCCUCAACGUGGCUAUGCACCCACCUGACCUAUGUUCCCGGGUGCUGAGCACCCAGGCCCGAGACAGGCUGGCUUGUGUCCAGAUGUUGCUGCACAUGGGUGCUGAUCACACCAGCCAGGAGAUCAAGAGCAAUAAGACAGUUCUGCAUCUGGCUGUGCAGGCCGCCAAUCCUACCCUGGUUCAGCUGCUGCUUGAGUUGCCGCGGGGAGACUUGCGGGCCUUUGUCAACAUGAAGGCCCAUGGGAACACAGCCCUCCACAUGGCAGCUGCCCUGCCCCCUGGACCACCCCAGGAGGCCAUCGUGCGGCGCCUGCUGGCAGCUGGGGCGGAUCCAACAUUGCGAAACCUGGAGAACGAGCAGCCUGUCCACCUGCUGCGGCCUGGGCCGGGCCCCGAGGGGCUCCGGCAGCUGUUGAAGAGGAGCCGUGUGGCACCCCCAGGCCUGUCCUCUUAGGACUCAAACCCAGAACCUGGACUGAUUUUCCAGUCCCCACCGUCCUGUGGGACAGCCAGCGUAUGCUAAUGUUGCAAAUCCAUGAUAAUGUAUGUGGAAUGUCCUGCCAUCAGGGUCUUACAUUAAAACCCCAAAAUGGCUGCCCGGGGUGGGGGUAAACGAUCCCCAAUAUUUGGGGUUGUGUAAUACCCCUACCCUACCCACAAGGAGCCCUCUUGAUGAUUUCUGUGAAAUCGAGGCCCCUUGAUUGUUUCUGUGAAACACCCUAGACCCCUAACCCUUCCUCCAUUGGGAUCUUCUGGGACCCCCUCCCCUACUCAAGUCCAGUUCAACUCACCUAGAAUCCCAGAUGUGAUUUCCCUACACAGUACUUGGGGUACCCCCAGAAUAGCUUCCACUGUCAUCUGGUAGAGCUCCCGAGAUGACUCCCCAAACCCACACCAUUCAGGUCCUUACCCCUGAGACAUAGGAAGGACUCUUCCUAGAUUGGAGUUCCCUAGGUCCUAUGCUUUCUAAUUCAGAACUCAACCGGCAGGGCCCCUAUCCCAGAUCUCCGCAUUUCCGGUGAAUCCCUCCCCUAUUUGAAAUACCUUAUUAAACUCAGUUUGGACUGCGC